UUUUAUCACAAAGAUAUUAUUUAUUUUACAGCAACAAUGAUUUCUCUGCGUUGUAAAUUGUUUAAAAGCCAAUUUUCAAAUUUAAAGGUGAAAAAACUCAGCAGUCUAACACAAGAAGUUGUUGAAAAAGAAACAACGCUCCAAAAAUGGGGUAAACAUUGGAAAGGUGUGUAUCAAGAUUACAAGGACGUAGCGAUUGAUUUAAAAAAAAAUUGCAAGGAGCGACCAAUCAGUGCAUUAAUAAAACUAGCAAUGAUGGGCGGCUGCUAUUAUUUAUAUCGCACCAACCCAGACCAAGCUUCAUUCAAAGAAGCGUUACUGCAAAACGAGGCGCGCCUGACAUUUAUCGGUGAAAGUAUACGUAACCCUGUGUCUGUAAAGCACGUGGAGCACAUGAGUGAAUGUUUAAAUGAGAAUAUCAUAAGGAGGUUAACUUUGGGUCUAGUGUCAUUUAUUUGGUUGGACAAUUACAGUGAUAGUUGUGCGCUAUAUAAAACAACGUGCACCUAUUUGAAGCCAAAGUAUCUUGAAUUCCACCAGAGGAUAGUUGACGUGGGCUUCCUCGGGAAGUGGUGGGUCUUAGACCAUAAAAUGAAAGAUUAUGAUAUAAAUGAUAGCGAGUUUCAAUAA